CGCCCUGACUCUGCUGCCUUUGUGAACAGCCUCAGAGGGAGAGCGGAAUCAGCACCCACCACUGAGCAUUCGUUUUAACCACUGCAGACAUCUGGAUCCUCAGUUCCUGGCUGUCUAGCAGUUGACAGCCAGAAGGCAACUUCUUUUAUGCAAGGAUUCCAGUAUGGUUUUCAGUGGGAACAAAGGGCUUCACAGAGAAGAUACUCUGGAUGAAUAUUUUGAGUACGAUGCAGAGGAGUUCUUGGUCUCCUUGGCCUUGUUAAUAACAGAAGGACGAACACCUGAAUGUUCUGUAAAAGGUCGUUCAGAAAGUUUCCAUUGCCCUCCAGCGCAGUCCUGUUACCCAGUAACCACCAAACAUGAAUGCAGUGACAAGCUGGCCCAGUGCCGCCAAGCCAGACGAACCAGGUCCGAGGUCGCGCUGCUGUGGAAGAACAGCCUUCCCAUCAUGGUGGAGGUGAUGCUGCUGCCCGACUGCUGCUACAGCGACGAGGGGCCCACCUCGGACGGCGUGGACCUCAAUGACCCUGCCAUUAAGCAGGACGCAUUGUUAUUAGAAAGAUGGGUGUUGGAGCCAGUUCCUCGACAGAGUGGUGAUCGAUUUAUUGAAGAGAAGACCCUUCUAUUGGCUGUCCGCUCAUUUGUGUUUUUUUCUCAAUUAAGUGCUUGGCUGAGUGUUUCUCAUGGUGCUAUUCCACGAAAUAUUCUUUACAGAAUCAGUGCUGCUGAUGUCGACCUGCAGUGGAAUUUUUCACAGACUCCAAUUGAACACGUGUUUCCUGUUCCCAACGUUUCUCACAAUGUGGCCUUGAAAGUCAGUGUUCAGUCCCUGCCCAGACAAUCUAAUUACCCAAUUCUGACGUGUAGUAUUCAUACUAACAUUGGCCUUUAUGAGAAAAGAAUUCAAGAACAUGAACUUAAAGCUCAUCAGCACCACAAUUCUAACGAAGCAGAGCAGUGCAGUACAAACAGUUCACAGCGUGUGUGUAGCAAGCAGACCUGGACCGUGGCACCUGAAAGUGUAUUACAUGCAAAACAUGGCACCCCUCCAGAAUACACCACAGCUGUCAAAAACGGCAAACUGUAUCCGGGCCCUGGCAGUAAGUCUGACUGUGGAACUUGUCAAGCCAAUAUUGUGGGCUUCAGCAGUACAGGAGAUAAAAAAUCGCAUGAAACACCAGUGAGGACUUUAAAAUCAUUUUCAGUGAUCGAUUCCAGUGUCCCCAGCCGCCAGAGUUCCUGGCAGUCAGUUGGUGAGACUAAUCCUCUAGUAUGCUCUUUAAUUCAGGAUCGACAAGAAGUUAUUGCAAGAAUUGCUCAGCAUUUGAUCCAUUGUGACCCAAGCAGUUCGCACGUUGCUGGACAUGUACUUAAUACUCAAGAGCCUAAUUCACUUAAUUCGAAACUUUUCCGGGUUUCACAAGAAAAUGAAGACGUGAGGAAAUGUAAAGAAACGUUCUCAGUUUCUUUUGGUAGUCCAGAGCUUACCUCCUCAGAAGACACCGGCGCGGGGAAGAUCCGAGUAAAACCAGAAAUCCCUCGAGGUGAAACGUGCACUGCUAAUGGUCUUCAUUCCCACCGGCCUGUUGGUGAGACUAACCCUCUAAUAGGCUCCUUACUCCAGGAGCGGCAAGAUGUGAUUGCGAGGAUCGCUCAGCACUUGGAGCACAUUGACCCAGCAGCAUCACGUUUACCCCGGCAGUCCUUCAAUGCACACGACUCUACUCUGGUUCCUUCUAAAGUUUUCAGGAGUUCAUAUGAAGACAAAAAUUUGCUGAAGAAAAACAAGGAGGAUGCCUCUGUUUCCAUUUCUAAUACAAAAUUUUCCUUAUUAGAAGACGGCAGCGAAGGGGAAAACUUAAUACCUACUAAAUCUUUUAGUUCUUUUAAAUGCAAUAGUAAAGUCAAGUCCUCUUCGAAACCUCAGAUGAGAAGAAAUCUGUAUCAGGACAAUCCUAGUGAAGACAUCCAGAGUACAUGUCAGGGGAUACAGAGCACAGGCACUAGUUUAUUGGCCCCCUCAAAUAUGUCUCCUUGCAAAGAAGAUAAGUUGGUUUUGACGAUCAGGUUGGAAAAUACACUUCCUGAGUGUCAAUUUAAGGAGCAGGAAAUUAGCAAUGGAAUUGAUAAACGGUAUUCAAAUGGCAGCGGUGUUGACAAACAGAUUAGCAUAAGUAAGAAUAAGGAAAAAAUAAUUCAAAAUGAAAAUUGUAACCCAGAAUCUUUUAACAAUCACCAAUUUGAUAAGCUCAAAAACAAUGACCCGAAAAUAAAAGUUACUACAUUGGAAAUGUCUGGAUAUUUGAACAAACAUGAGAACAAGUGGUCAAAUAAAGACUCAAAAAGGCCUACAACAUCUGAGCAAAAUAUGCAACUUAGUAUUAAAAAUUAUCUCAGUAAAGAUAAGGAAGAUUUCAAAUGCAAAAGACAAGACCAAUUAAAAAAUGAACAGGAUAAGAAAGAAGAUCCAACUGAUGAAAAAUUGCAAAACUGUCCUCGGAGAAAAAGUGUAAAUGGCUGUUUGUCUACAUGUGAACAACUAAAAAAUACAGAGGUGUUGCAGAAAACUAUACCACUGAAACAUUCAGGUGUCUGGCAGAAACAUAAUUUUCAUUCUUUGGAUGGAACCCUAACCAGAGCCUUUCAUCCUCGGACUGGAUUGCCUCUUCUUUCAAGUCCUGUUCCUCAAAGAAAGACACAAUCAGGUUGCUUUGAUCUGGAUUCUUCAUUACCGCAUCUGAAAAGCUUAUCAUCUAGAAGUCCUCGACCCUGUUUAAAUAUUGAAGGCGACCCAGAAAUUCAUGAAAAACCGUUUCUGAGUUCUAGUGCUCCACCUAUAACAAGUCUUAGUCUCCUAGGAAAUUUUGAGGAAUCUGUCUUGAACUAUCGCUUAGAUCCUCUUGGCAUUGUUGACGGUUUUACGGCCGAGGUAGGGGCCAGUGGAGUUUUCUGCCCCACCCAUUUGCUGCUUCCGGUAGAAGUGUCAUUCUACAGUGUCUCCGAUGACAAUGCUCCCUCUCCUUACAUGUGAGUUGAGCAUAAACUAAGCCUUCAACUGCAGAAAUGAUACCAAAUCCUGGAGUAUGAUUAGUAUCAGCCCUUUCCCAAAACACAGAGAGUGAGAAGCAAUGCAAGUCCAUACAAGUUUACAGAGAUGGUGUCACAUAAGGAGUCAGAGCUGGUUUUCAGUUUGGUCUUCCUUUGAGAACUAUACAUUGCCAUAGGCAUAGAAAUAUACAGCUCUGGUCUUGCCCCUCAAAUGUCCUCGCUACCACCUGGCUCAUUUGUUUCCUCUCCCCCAUCUUUUAGAUUUUCAAGCACAUUAAUAACAGUGUCUUUUGUUAUUAAUAAAAGUUGUGAAAAGGGAAUUCUACAUAAACAAGAAAUAACAGAGGAAGGGAAGUUUCGCUUUUUUUUUCUUUAAAGGAACCUAAAUAUAGCCUACUCACUAUUGGCUUAAUGAAGCUUUAUUCCAUUCUAAGGGUGAAAAUUUUAGUCAAGACUCUGAUCCACAUAUCUGCCUAUUUAUUCAGUUUUCUUUUCCAAUAAUAUUUACACUUGUGGGUCAUAACCAGAAUGAUGCACAACAUUGGUUAUUAGGAAAAACGAGGCCCGCUCCUUGAUAAACCUACCUGUUAUCCCAUAAGCCACUUUUUAGUCAUUUACUCUAGAAACAGGUAUCUACUUUUCCAGUAUAAUUUUAAAGAAAUUAACUCAUAAUUUGGGAUAAUUAAUAUUAUGGAAAGUAACAUUGAGAUAAAGUCAAUAUCAGGGUAAAAGUUCAUCAUACUGGAAUGCUUAUAAUAUUAUAAUAUAAUUGUGACAAUGUUCCUUCUGCUUUACCUGGAUAUCAAGACGUCUCUUAGGUUUAGCAUAUUCUACUGACACAUAGUGACAGAGAAUUGAAAGAUAAGGUCUAAAAUACUGAAUCUGUCAUUGGGGCACAAAGUCCUGAUAACUAUUAGGAUGGCUGAGAAAUAAGAUAAAAGAGUGAAUUGGCUAAAAAUUGGCUCAAAUAAAUAUAUUUGAGUGAAAUUCAUGAGCAAGAGGUCAAUUGAAAUAUGCUUUAAAGAAGCAAAACAGCAUUAAUCCUUGGCCUUUGAUAUCUAAAAAAUGAAGAAUUAAGAGAUAAAGGAUUAAGAGAUUUCUGUCUUUAAAAAGUACUCACAGGGAGGCUGGGGGAAGGUCAAAUGGGAAAAAGAAGAGACAUGUUCUACUAUAUGUAAUACUUUAAACAGUAAAAAAAAAUAAUAAAAGUACACAUAAAUGAUUACAGAUUCUUAGUGUUUAAAUCAGGUUGAGUUAGUCUAAAAGAUUUUUGAUUUACUUUUUUCUGAUAAUAUUCUUCAAUAAACUUUCCAUUGUGUAAUUUUUUUUGUCAGAUUACUCAUUAGAAUUGGGUUUCCUUUGUAGAAAUGAUGCAGUCCAAAUCUUAGAUCACAUCUUCCUACUGUAAAUUAAUAAAACUAAUCUUGUUCUUCAGGGAAUUGGUAAUUCCAUCUGUUUUUAAAGUAUUGAUUAUGUUUUGAUAAGAUAAUACAUAUAACCGAUCAACAGAGCUGAACACCAAACUCCUUUUUGUUACUUUAAUAACCUUGGGCCUCACAUUACAAAUUACACAAAUGACUCACAAAGAUAAAUGUUUGGCCCAGAAAUUUGUGCCUUUAUGGUUUAGAAGUGGUACUGGACUUUUCAUUAAAUAAUUCCUUAAAAAUUAACUCAAAGCUAUGUAAUAUCUCUCUCCAGUUGGUGUCAGUGGUAAAAAUGUUCUUUGAGUGUUGUAUCAUAGGACAGCUCUUCACAGUUUAGAAACUGUUGCUUGGUGGAACCCAGCAGAAAGGUCUAGAGCAGGUGUGCCAGUACCAAAUUCAUGUUAUAACUUAUAUUAUCAUCAUAUUAACAGGGUCAUAUGUUAUUUUCUCCUAUUUGUAAGUAACCAAAUUAAGAUAAACUUAUUUCUGUUUUACUUAAGAUUUAUAUAUUUUCUAUUAGACAAUAAUUUGAGAAUAAGUUUUUGUAUAAGAUUUGACCCAGUUCAUUUAUCUUAACCUUUCUAUUCCAUCCUAAAAUGCCAGAAGUCCAGCCACUUUUUCUACAUAGAAAUAUUGAUAUGCUAACCAAUUAAAAUAAAUAAUUAUAAUAAUAGAAUUCCAAAUAAUUUCUCCAUUUCUUUCUAAUUCCUAACUUGCCAACGCCAUGCUGGCUUAGAAAUUGUAACGUGUUGUCCUGGCCAGUGUGGCUCAGUUGGUUGGGCACCAUCCCAUGCACGGAAAGGUUGCCAUUCAAUCCCCAGUCAGGGCACAGGCCCUGGUUGUGGCUGGAUCUCUG